AUGGACGUGCGGAGGCUGUUUGCCCUGUUUGACAUUGCGUUGGAUCGCGGGCUCGUCACUCUCAUCUGCCACUAUGUUGAGGAAGUGUGCAUGGACGAGGCAGCAGUCUCCAGCGAUCCAGUGCUCUCUCUGCUGCUGGACCCAAAACUUGUGCUUGAAUGGGCCCAGAGGACAUUCACCGGGAUAAAAAGGACGCUAAGGGACCUAUACGCCACUGGCAUUACUGACCGUCACAUGGAUGAUGCCAGCCACCUGCCUUACCGGCCGCGCACCACGCUCCCCCCAUCCCCUAUCUCCCUCUCCAUAAUCUCCCCCCCAUCCUCCCAACACGCCUCUGGCAUCACGGAUCGCUCUAUGGAUGAUGCCACGUGCCUGGCCACGUGCCUGGCCACGUGCCUGGCCAUGCGCCUGGCAAUGCGCCUGGCAAUGCGCCUGGCAAUGCGCCUGCAGGGUAUUUCUCUCUCCCCCACCUCCACCCCCUCUCUUCCGCCCCCUUUCCCCCCCAAUUCUCCCCUCCCUCCAGACGCCACUGGCAUCACAGACGGCCGCAUGGAUGAUGCCACCUGCCUGGCCGCACAGCCCACUCCAUCUCCAAGGUCAUAUUCUAUUUCCAUCCCAUCCACCCCCCCUCCCCCCUUGCCAAUCCCCCCUCCUCCAGACGCCACUGGCAUCACAGACGGCCGCAUGGAUGAUGCCACCUGCCUGGCCCCACAGCCCACUCCAUCCCCCUCCCCGAUUUCUAUUUCCAUUCCAUUCUCUCCGCCGCACCUUGCAACCCCCCUCCUCCUACUACAGAAUCCAGAUUCCUCUGGCAUCCCUGACCGUCGUAUGGAUGAUGCCACCUGCCUGGCAAUGCGCCUGCAGGGGAUUUCUCUCUCCCCCACCCUCCCCACCCCCCUCUCUUCCACCCCCCUUCCCCCCCCUCCCCCCGCACCCCCCGUCCCUCCAGACUCCUCUGGCAUCACUGAUCGCCGUAUGGAUGACGCCACCUGCCUGGCCAUGCGCCUGCAGGGGAUUUCUCAGGUGCUGGCAACACUGCAGGGCCCAGACGACCCCCUGGCGCAGCAGCAGGCGCAGAUGCAGCAGGGGGAAGGUGGAAGAGGGGGAAGCGGGGGGAGCGGGGCAACGGAGGGGCGCAAAGGGCAUGAGUGGGAGGCAGGGAGGGUGGCAGAAGCAGUUGGAAGAGCAUCCCAGCAUCUGGACGUGAUGCACUGGGCUGCCAAGAACCCAUCUAGAACCGUUUCUUCGAGGGGCCACCCCCUCAUCUUCCUCUCCCACCUUUCUCUUCCUCCUUUUUACCCUUGUAUUGCCCCUCUCUUCUCGUCAUGUGUGCCCACAUGUCUGCAGCAUUUAGACGUGAUGCAUUGGGCUGCCAAGAACCAUUUCUUCGAGGGCAUCCCUCCUCGCCACUCGUCGAACGCCACGUGGCGCGCCGUGAUUCGCCAGAGAAAGCAGGCGGCAAACGAGGCCGCCUGGCCGGAGUUCCUUGGCGUAUCUGCUGCUGCUGGCUCCGUGCUUGGAGCAGGGGGAGGGGGAGGAGGCAGGGGAGGAGGAGGGGGGGGGGGGGGAGGGGGAGGAGGGGGGUCGAAGGAGCAGCAGCAGCAGAAUGGGAAGCUGUUUAUCGAGGAAGCAAUAGACAGCCUAAGGGAAAGCAGCCGCGAUGGCAGUAAGGAAAGCGCAAGUGUUGCAUCUGAUUCCCCCUCGCUGCUGAGUUCAGAUCAGCUUGAUUUGCUGUCUCUCAAGCAGCCGGUACCCACCGCACCGCCCGCUGCUUCCGGGAAGUUUCUCCUGCAGGGAGGGAGCCCUGGGUUAGUGGGUGGAGCAGGAGGAGGAGCAGCAGCGGUGGGGUUUCAAUACCCGCCCGAGAAUUUCCGGGCAGCUGUGGAUUAUCUGUUCUUGGAGGCUGGGGCUGACCUAGUGCUGGCUAAGAAAGCCAUUCUCCUCUAUUACCUCAUUGGUCGUUUCUACCAUUGGGGGCAGGGCGAGCGGCAGCAGAGUUCCUCUAUUACCUCAUCGAUCACUUCUACCAGGGAGGGCAGGGCGAGGGGCAGCAGCGGUGGUGGGGGCUGUAGUGGCGGACAAAUGAAGGCCCUCCCUUGUUGCCUUCCCUUCCCCUCCUCUUAUCCCUCUCUUCCCCUCUCUUCUCCCCCCUCUCCGCCUCCUCUUCCCACAUGCUUCUGGCUCCUGUUCUCUCCCCAGCUCCUGUACUAUCUCAUCGAUCGCUUCUACCAGGGAGGGCAGGGCGAGGGGCAGCAGCGGUGGGGGGGGCUGGUUGAGGGCCCUGCCCACCACAACAUGCACGCAUCCCCUCUCUCUGUCUUCCAACCCAUCCUUUCUCCCCCACCCCUUCCCUUCCCCAGCUCCUCUACUACCUCAUCGAUCGCUUCUACCAGGGAGGGCAGAGCGAGGGGCAGCAGCGGUGGCGGGCUAUGGGCAGCAGCGGUGGCGAGGGAUGGUGGAGGACUGCGGACGACUGACCCCUUUCUCCCCCCCUCUUCCGCCCCCUCUCCUCCACGCUCCCCCCUCCUGCUCUUUCCCCAGUUCCUCUAUUACCUCAUUGAUCGAUUCUACCAGGGAGGGCAGAGCGAGGGGCAGCAGCGGUGGCGGGGGAUGGUGGAGGACUUUGGGGCGAGCAUGGAUUUGGGUGAUGGGCACGUGGUGGAGACGAUGGUGAUGGUGAUGGUGGAUGAAUGCACUGAAGAGGGAUUGAAGGAGGCUGGCUCCCUGAUACCUCACCUCAUCUCCCUCUCCUCUCCCUCCUCCUCCUCAUCCUCUCCCUCCUCAUCGGCCCCUCCCAUCCAUCCCCGGAUCGCUCGAGUCCUCAUCGAACGAGGCAAGCCCGAGCCUGCGCUCCAGAUCCUCCGAGCCUGCAGCCCAGGCCCGGCAAUCUUCCAAGCCUGCAGCACCCCAGGCUCGGCAACCCCCGUUUUCCCGAAUCUGGCCGUGCCUCUAGAGGAAGCAGUGACCGCACUGCGCGUGCUUAUAGAGAAUCGGCUCUUAACAGAGGCUUUCCUGUACCUUAGAGCCUACUGCAAGCAACUAAGUAUCAACGACCCGUCCUCUCCUCACCCACUUGCUGACGCUCCUGACUCUGCUGAUGCUGCUGAUGGUUCCGAUGCCGCUGUUUCUGGUGCUGUUGGGAGUGCUGAUAACGAAGCAGCGAAAAGUGCUCAUACAGAAGCAGUGGAUGUGCUUGUAUCGGAGCUCUUCUGGCUGGCAGUGAGGCACCAGGCAGUGCCCGAGGUGCUGGCGUUCCCCUGGAGGGGCAGGGAGGGGGCGGUGCUGCAGCGCUGCUUGUUAAGCCGCACGGCGCAGCAACCAGAGGGGGCGUGCGGCACUCUUCUUGUUCUCUUCCAUGUGGAGAGGGCUCGUUACAAGGCAGCACUAUCGGCGCACAAGCAAGUGUGGGCUAUAGAGGCAGCAGUAGAGGCAGAGCAGGAGAGUGAAGAGGCCAAUAACGAGGAUGAGGAGGGGUGGCAGGAGCGAGGGAGUGAGGAUGGAGAGAAGGAGGAAGGAGGAAGUCCCAUGGAUGCUACAGCUGGUGCAGCUGCUGUCGGUACUGCUGGUGCUGAUGUUGCAGCAAAAGGAUCGUCAAGGAAACGGAGCAGAGGAGGGAAGGGAUUGACGGUUCAGCUGCGCGAGAAGAGGAUAAGGCUGCUGGAGUCGGUGCUUCAACUCAUCGCUCCUUCGGAACGACAGCAAAUCGUCCAAGCACACGGCGAACCCUCUGCCUUCCCCACCACCACCACAGCCAUCCCAGCAAGAACAGCACCAGUCAAACCAGACACCAAGAGUCAUCCCAAAGCAUCCUCCAAAGGUCUUCCCACCACAGCUUUCCCACGCAUGCCCAUGCCGUCAGUUCAGUCGCCCUCUGCCAAGACCUCCUCUCCCAAAGCUGCUCCCUCUCCCCACUUUGGCUCUCCCAUACUUGGGGGCGCGGGGGGUGCAGCAUCCCUCUCAGGCUCCCCCCUCUCGUUCCCGAAAUCCUCUAGCAAAUCUCAACAGCAGCAGCAGCAGCAGCAGCCAUUGUCGCUCUUCUCCUUUCCCCCAGCUCCAGCCUCCCCUCCUCCUUUCAUUUCAACUGCCCCCGCCGCCUCCUCUGCUCCCACUGCUCCCGGCCAAUCAGAGCUCCCGCUCCAGCGCAAACUUUUCGGAUCUGGGCAGUUCGGGCAGCAGGGACCCGUAGGCGCCGGCCCAGCGCCCUUAGCAAGAGGGGCAACAGCGCCAGUACCCCUGGGAAAUGCGCAGGUGUUGCAUCAGAACCCCCUGUUUGGCAUGCGGGUUUCUCAAGACGGAUCAGAACCCGAUACCACACAGUCACAGGAAGGGGCCAGGGGUGGGGCAGAGGGAGGGUUGAGCGGUGCUGGUGGCGAUAAAGGGCUGAGUGCUCCUGCUGCUGGUUCUGCUGCUGCUGCAACAACUUCUGCUGCUGCCGCUGCCGGUCCUGCUGGUUCGGCAGCCCCAUUGUUUGGUUCGGGAAGCAGUUUGUUCGGAGGAGGCAGCCAAUCAGGAGGAAGCGCUUUGUUCGGGGGAGGUGGGGUGACCUCGUUCGGUAAGCCCAAGGGCGUGGGUCAUUUCACCGCCAGCAGCACCAACAACAGUAGCAGCAACGAGCCUGCGGCAGCUUUCAAGGACUCGGUCGGUGUGUUCAG